AUGGAACUUAGCCAAUCAACAGCAAGGGGUGUAUUGAACUACAAUUGUAUUGCAAAUUUGGAUUCAAAAAUAACAACAUCAACAUCAAGGAAGAAAAAGAAACAGGAAAUUUUUCGUAAGAUUACAAUGAUGGCCAAUCAACAACAAAGAAUAGAUCCAUAUUUCGAUUGUGGCGGUGGUGGUGAUAUUCAAAUCCACUUGAAUGACAGCAUAGAUUCUACAUCAUCUUCAUGCUCCUCUAGAAGUAGCAACAGCAGCAGUAGCGGAUAUUACAGUAACAAAAAGCAUCACCAUCAAAAUCAACAGUCUUCGAUAGGCGAAUAUUUUAUUGGUGCAGCAUCAUCUGGUUCUCCGUCGUCUCUCCAUCAUAAUCACAGCCAUCAUAAUCAUCACCAUAUGCACUCUUGUAACAACGCUAAUGGUAGUCCACAGUGUUGCAGCAGUCAGAAAUCAACACCGAGCAUGAUCGGUGGAAAAUUCACUAUGGCCGAGGAGGAGAGUUGCGAGGACAGCGACGACGACGAUGACGAACCAUCGUUUGUCGAGGACGACGAUAGCUAUCCACUGGACGGAUGCGUGCAAAUGGAUAUCGACUCUUGGUAUUCCGGUGAUCCUCUUGUGUCAGAGGUGCUUCGAGAUAUCAAAGAAACAAUUGGAUUUAUGGAGCGUCGUGAAAUGGAGUUGGAAAGUGUCGAGAAAACCAUAUGUACACUCAAUGAAACGCGUGAAGCCAUUCAGAAAGAUAUAAAAAUGAAACGAAUGUUCCUCAAACAAAUACAAAAAAAGAAGGAGGAGCACAUUAAAACCAUUACCAAUAGCUACCACUCACUUGCUCUGCGUUACAAUCUCUCACAGAUGGAGUCACGCUCGCUCACCUUGAUUCUGCCGGAGGAAGUGAUGUUGCAUAUUUUCAAAUUCCUCUCGCCAAUGGAUCUGUGUAGCGGUGUCUGUAGGGUCAGUCGAAAGUGGCGUGCAUUGGCAUUUGAUAUUUCACUCUGGAGAGAUAUCUGUCUCCAAAGAAAGCUACUCGAUGGCUCCAGUUUCUACAAUCCAUCACCAUCAUCGUCAUCCUCUACUUUUUCAUCUUUGACAUCCUCUUCAAAUUCACAUUCCACCGAUACCAUAAUGGAAAAUCUUCAAUCAAUAAGCAAUAGCAACAACAAUGCCACCACAAGUAUCACUAAUACAAUCGAUUCGAAUGCAAACCAUGACCAACAACAACAACUACUACUACAAAAGUAUAAAUUCAACCAACAAUCUCCACAGACAUCCAGUCACACCAAUCCAAUUUGGGGCGAGAAUUGGUAUGUCGGCGAGUUCCGAAAAGAUUCCAAUUGGCGUCGAGGAAAGUACAGUACCACCGUCCUCAGAGGUCACAAAGAGAUUGUUUGGUCACUUCUCUACGAGUCAGACACCAAUAGUUUAAUCAGUGGUAGUGAAGACAUGACUGUCAAGGUUUGGGAUUGCUCAAGAAUCGGUGAGACGCACCAGUACUAUGAUGACCUCGAUGACAGCAAGAAGAGAUGUGUCAAAACACUCGGUGGUCACAAGAACGGCACAAUCUGUCUGGGUAGCACACCCAAUCGAUUAAUCAGUGGAAGUGCCGAUGGAAGUGUAAAGAUAUGGGACCGUUUCGAGGGAACUUGUGUAGAAACCAUCCAAACCCAUUCCUCAGUGUGGUGUCUACAAAUUGUCAAUGGAACACUCAUUUGUGGAUGCGUCGAUGGAACCAUGCGCGUCUUUGAUCUCAACACAUCGAGCUGUCUGCGUACUAUGAGAGGUCACACUGCACCAGUUCGUUGUUUACAAGCGAUCAACCACAACGGACAAGAACUGGUUGUCUCUGGUUCCUACGACAAAACCAUCAAAGUGUGGGAUAUGGAUGCACGUUGCAUUAACACGAUCAGAGCUCACACUCACAAAAUCAAUUGUCUCCAAUAUGAAAAUGGACAACUUGUCAGUGGUAGUCAUGAUAGUUUAUUAAAAGUAUGGGAUAUGAAUGGACAAUUAAUACAUACAUUACAGGGACAUGAUAAUAUGAUUCAUUGUCUUCAAUUCAAAGGAAAUAAAUUGCUGAGUGGCUCAACCGAUAGUACUAUCAGACUAUGGGAUUUAAAGACUGGUACACAUGUAAAUACUAUCAAAGGACAAUCUGCCGUCUGUUGUCUCAAGUUCAAUGAUUCCAAAUUAAUAACUGGAUAUGAAGAUUCAACUAUUAAGAUAUUCGAUUUUUCAUUCUAA